CCCCGGAAAGAUCAAGGCUGGCCGGGCUGGCGGACGGCAGUUGACGAGGCAAGCUCCGCAACUGCAGUGCUGCUUAAGUUAGGGUGCUCGAAGUGUUAUGUGCCGCCGCCGCCUCGAGCUGCGUGCUGCUGUGCGGUCGUAGUACGGUAGCAGGCCGUGUCAGCGCCGACUGCCAGCUCGUGAUCGUCGUCGGGACGCGCGCGCGAUUGUUCUCGCAGCAGCUGAUCGUCGUCCCGGCACCGCGACGGAGUGUGGCGGUCAUGUGGGAACAACUCGUGAGGCGGGGCCGCUCGCUCGCCGAGGCCCUCAACAGCCCGUUCCUGGUCGAGCGUGUGCAGAACUACUUCGGUGUUUACCGGCUGGCCAAAAACGGUCAGCAGAACGGCGGCGCGCGCAACGGCUACGCGGCGGCGAAGGCCGAGCGGCCCGCCAGCGUGCGGUGCCGCGUCGAGCGGCCCGUGUGGUACCACCUGUUCCGCUUCGGCUCGCUGCUGGGCUACGAGGCAUUCUACGCGACGUUCUUCCCGUUCAUCCUGUGGAACUGGGACGCCGUCGUGUGCCGGCGCGUGCUGCUCGCGUGGGCGCUGGUGAUGUACUGCGGCGGGCUGGCCAAGGACCUGUUGCGCUGGCCGCGGCCGGCGUCCCCGCCGGUGGUCCAGCUAGACCGGGCGUACGCGGCCGAGUUCGGUAUGCCGUCCACGCAUGCGAUGACGGGCGCGACCGUGCCUUUCGGACUGCUGCUCUGGACGCAGCAGCGCUACGAGUACUGCUACCAUACGGCGCUGUGCGUGUGCGUGGUGUGGUGCGCGUUGCUGUGCGUCAGUCGUCUCUACCUGGGCAUGCACACUGUGCUGGACCUGCUGGUGGGCCUGGUGGUUGCCUGGGCACUGCUGCUUCCGCUGGUGUCUGUGUCGGUGGCGCUGGAGGCGUGGAUGCUGGCAUGGCCAUGGGGUGCCCCACUGUGUGCUGCGCUGCUACUACUCGCAUACCCAGCGCCUCCACGGUGGACACCCGCACGUGGUGACACAUGCCUGGUGGUUGCCACAGUGGCCGGCAUAUGGGCUGGCGAGGCACUGCUGCCCAUGGUGCUUGGCACCCCCACACCCAUGCCUGUGAACCAAGGGGCUGGUGCCCUAUACACGGUCGAGUAUGCUUCUCUGCUGGGACUCUCGUUUAUUGUGGCACGAACGGUGGUGGGCCUCGUGGCGAGUAUCCUUGUCCGAACUGUUGUCAAGGCUGUGAUAUACCCACUGCUAUGUGGUCUCCAUGGCUGUGAUCCAAAACUGGAGACAAGCCGGCAGAAGGGCACCAUAGAGCUUCCCUACAAGUACAUCACAUAUCUCUCCAUGGGGCUUACCAUGUCCCUGGGAUCUCCGUGGCUCUUUCAUCAGCUGGGCAUCGAGAGGGACAGCCUGCCCAUUCACCUUUGAAGGGUGCUACAUGGGUGCAGCGAACGUUGCGUAUUACGUGUGUGUGCGCAUGAUGUGUGUACUACUAGCCCAGCUGGCACCUGCCUUUUUAAGCCACUUGUUUCUUUACAUGUAGAGGAUUGUAUGGUGUGUGCAUCAUACGGUGCCAUGUGGCGAUAUUAUGUAUAGUGCAAUACUAUGGGAUCAGUCAGUGACCAAUUUUGCUGAUGACUGGCAGCAAGGAUGUUGUUGCAUUAACUUUUCAGACAAUGUUGCAUUUAUACAAGACAUUUAGGUUUCUGUAUGUGCAGUCAGUUUCUAAAGCUCUAUAGAAUGGGACUGGUUCUGUGCCGCAGGUGGUAUUCUGUGAUGGUGUUUCGAAUAGAUGGAUUUACUAUAUUAAGGCAGCCUGAAACAUGACUUGCAUUUAUAGUCUUGCCAUGUUGACAAGCCAUCAAGAGGUGCAGAAUGUAUUUUAUGGCUUCAAUUGUGCGGAAUAUAAGAUGUGCCUUCAGUUUCAAGAACCUGCAAUAGACUGCUGUGCAGUUUCUGAGUUCAUCUUUGUCGCAGCUGACUCUCACGUAAAUUAAAAAUGAACAUUGUGGGGUGAACUCUUCCGAAACUGCACAGUUCGUUAUGAGGGAUGACGGAGUGGGAGGCUCCAUAUUAAUUUUGACCUCCUGGAGUUCUCCAACAUGCGCCCUAGCACAGCACGCAGGCGUUCUUGAAUUCCACUCGCGUCUGAAUGUCACAGCUAGGAAUCAAACCUGUGUCCUCGUUCUUCUCAGCGACACAAGUGGAACCCAGGUAAAUAGCAUGGAGAAAGCUAUUUUAAAAGACGCAGUGCUUUCAUUGUGGCACGUUUAAGCAAUGUUAGACUCCUUCAGAGCGGCUCUCUUUGAAUCACGGCUCCCUUUCUAGUUCCGUGGGCAAGAACACUAAUAAUUUGGCAUUCGCAAUGUUCUACAGAGAGUGCUAUGGUGUUCAGCUUCAUUUCUGUUCCGUUCGUACUUCUAGCACUGCCGUACCAACAAGCACAACCAUGCACUUUUGCAUUGGCGGUGUAAAAAAAAGAGUCCUGCAGUUUUCUAUUUUUUUCUCUCUCUAUGUGUGUGUGUGUGUUUUAGAUGCAGAUAGCUCAUAUGGCGCGCUAUAUUACGUCCAUCGAGGACACUAUGUCAGCAUAUUAAUCCUUAUUUCGAAUCAUAUAAGUGGGCACAAAUUUCCUACAAGUGGCUGUCAUAUUUAUCUCUGUAUGCACGUGAUGUAUACAUAAGUGCCUAAGUCACUCCUGCUGCUCUUGCAAGAUUGACUAUGAGUGACAUUGUUCUUGCUGGCAAGUUGUGUCAGCAUUGUUGUUAUGGGUGCCUGUUUACCUCUGCUCCAUAAUGCAGUGGUUGCUGGUCCUGUUACCACAUGUGUUGCUAUGUUUUAUGCCGCAGUGCCGUCAGUUUUCACUGCCAUAAAUGUUUUGAUGGGCAUCAGUGUUGGUAACUUAGCGAGAAGGUCAUUAAAUUUACUGUUUUUAGUCACUUUACUGACACCUUUUGUCUUUUUGAAGUCCUAGUGCCAUUUUGAAUGACCGUUUUAGUGCAAGAUAGCCAGCACAUUGUCCUGAUAAAGUUCUUCAAGGGCCCUUGGCUAAGUUCAAUGCUUUGGCUUCAUUUUAUUCCGAGGGCUUCCACGUGUUGCUGCUUAUAAAUACAUACCAAAGAGCUUAUUAGUGAGCCAUCUGAGAGCACUUAAGAUGGUUUUCUAGGCAAAGCACACUGUUGAGACGUUAUACCGUUUUAGAAAAUUGGGGUUGUUAUUCUUCUUUUUACAUACUGUUCUUUGACUUGCCACUGCAGGAGUUAAUUUUAAUCUGCGGUAAAAUUAAUGAAAAAGAUGUCUAGAAACAAAUAAAGAAAUAUAAGACAUACUUCCAACAAAGUAAUUAUAAUCAUCACUUAGCAACUUUUCACUAAGACUGGAGUGUUUUAGACCGCUACCUGGUGGCUUUAUCCAGUAAAAUAUGUUACCAACACUGAUGGCCAUAGCCCACCAGGGCCUGGGCACAUUGGUAAUCCAUGCUGUCCUGAGAAUAAGUGUAAAGAAGUUAAUGUGCACGCAUGUUGUUUUGUGCGCACAACUGUGCAUGUGUGCCUCAGUAUUUUCGCUAACGUUCAGCAGCAUUGUUAAAGUGCCUGCUGCCACUCGUGAGCACAAGUUUCUGCUGUGAUUGUUGCUUCAAAGGAUGCGCACACAUAACUUUCAAGCCCAAAGGAGGUACAGGAACCAAAACAAAAGGGUAUUGAAUGUUGUGAAUAAAUAUUGCACCAAUUCGCAUUGUUUCUUUCGACGA